AUGCCAUGGAUUCUCUGUGGAGAUUUUAACUCCAUGUUAAAUAAUGAUGAAAAACUUGGAGGAUCAAUGCUUUCUGAUACAGACACAAAGGACUUUAAUUCUUUCAUUGAGGAUUGUAGCCUUUUGCAUCUUAAAACCCUGGGCAGUUUCUUCACCUGGAACAAUAGACAUGAUCAUGAAACAAGAAUCUGGUGCAGAUUAGACAGGACUUUAGUGAAUGACUCAUGGAUCAACAAAUACAACUCUAGUCAUGUGGAGUUCUUGGCCCUAAAUUUUUCAGAUCAUUCACCUGCUGUGGUAUCUAUCUAUGAUGAGGAAAUACAAGGGAAAAAGUCUUUUAAAUUUUUUAAAAUGUGGACAAACCAUAGCAAUUACCUACAAACUAUUAUUUCUGUAUGGAGCACUAACAUUGCAGGUUUCACAAUGUAUUCAGUAUUUGCCAAGCUCAAGCUUUUGAAGGGGGCACUGAAGGAACUGAACAAGAAACAUUUUAGCAACAUUUCUGAACAAGUUCAAAGGGAUAAGUACGCUUUAGAGGACACUUAA